GCAAUUUUGACAAAUGUAUCGAGUAGUACGAGUUGUUCUUGCAACUUCUGGAGACAUCUGGAGACUCUCUCUCUCUCUCUCUCUCUCUCUCUCUCUCCUCUAAUGGGGGGUUCGGUCCUUCCACAUUCUUCGGGAUGCUGUGUGGAACCAUCCUUGGAAAGCGAGGGAAGUGCAGAUGAUUAAUUAUUGCCGCGUCUUGUGUCUGCUGUUUCUGUGUAUACUGUAUAGGGAUAGACAAAUGAGUGGUUCUACCUGAGGGGGAAAUUUCAGAGAGAGGGCCGAGAGAGGAGCUUUUCCUGCCGUCUUCUGCGAUUCGAUCCGUCGGUUUUACUCAACAAUUUCAGUGUCAGAGAGAGAGAGAGAGAGGCUUAGGGUUCUGUUUUUUGGCUUGGUUGGUUGGUGAUCGAGAAUGGCGGGCUUCUUUUCGAUGAAGAUGAAAAGGAAGGAAUUGGAUGAAGUUAACGAUGACUUCUCUGACUUCUCCCUCUCUUCUCCUGCCAGAAAAAUCCGCAGGCUGGAUGUGGAGUUGCCGCCGAUUCUGGAAGAGGAAGAGCCGGAGCUUCUUUUUGCUUUGGAGCAGUCGGGAGGAGCACCAGCGAUGGAGGAGUUGCCUUCUGUUCCCGUGAACGAAGAGAGGGCUAUUGUUCUUUUUAAGCCUAUGAACACGCCUCUGUUGCACUCUCCUUCCAAUUUCUCGAUCUCUGUUGAUUCCGACAUAAUUUCAGAUUUCAAGAAUUUUUGGUCAAGCCAGUCUAAUCACAUAAAACCAGCGGAAGAUGAAGCAAUACAGGACAGUAAUACCAGCGCAGCAAAAGAGUGUCUAGAAGUUGUACCUUGGGUACCUUCUCAUGUUCCUCAAAUGCCAGGAAUUGAUGUUCCCCAAGCAGAAGCCGCUGAGUCGAUGGAGGCUGAAGAAAUGGAGGCAGCAGCCAUGGAAAUCGAAAGCAACGAUCUGGGCACGGAGCAGGGGCAAGUGAAUCAACAUGGAGGACUAAAGGGGGACGAAGGAUUGCCGCAGUGGCAGCACCAGCACUGCAUGACUCCCCAGCUUCCUCAAAUUAAUACGCCCACUCCCAUUGUUUGGUACCAGUAGUAGGCUAAAUGAUGCAGGGAAUGCUGCCACCAUGUAAAGUUUUGCAGUGUUUCCCAGCCUUAAGCAGGGAUGGUAGGAUUUGAGCUAGAGUUGGGGAUGAUGCAAUUAAGGAUUCCCCCCGUGUUAGAGUUUGCCCUCUAGCGUGGUUAUGAUGAGGGUCGUCAACAUGGGCUUCCAUGAUUUUUUUGUUAUCUGUGAAAUUUCUUGAAAGGAGUCCCUGAUGUUGCCCGAUGAGCAAUGGUCCAUUGCAGCAAAUAUAAGGACUGUUUCCAUAAAUACAAACCUUGAUUUGGUUUA